CAUUUUUGAUUCUCAAUUAAGGAAAAAUGAAGCACUCCUAAAAUCUCCUUCUAAAGAACCUCUAGCUUCAAAUAUAUCUCAACAAACUAAUCCUCCUCAAACCAUCUCUCGUAUCUUAUUCCCUAACUAUGGAACAGAUCAUACUCCAACUGCAAUUAUUCCUCAUUCACAACAUUAUCAUACUUGUGUUAUUU